CUGCGGAAUGUUUUGAAACUAGGCAGCUUCGCUUUGCUCGAGGUUUCUUAAUUAUUGAAGUCGCCUUCGGUUUAAAAGUGAUUUUUUUAAAAAAAAAAUUAAUGGUCGAUGGUCUCGUAGACACGUUCUCUAAAAACGAGUCUCUUGAGCCAGCGAAGCUUUCCAGGUUCAAAGUAGGACGUCACCUUGCCAGAAGUGAAGAUGGCGUCGCCUCUAAAUUUGGGCGAAAUUGAAGCGAGAUUGCCCUAUUCCCAAAUGGCUGCCGAGACAGAGAGUCCGGUGGAGAAGCGUCUUCUUUCGUCUUCGCUGUGGUUUGGGACCCCGAGUGAGAAAGUGACCUGUCCUUAUGAUGCUAAUCAUCAAAUGCCUAAAUCUUCCUUGGAAAAACAUAUGAUAUCCUGUAGAUUGAGGAAACUAGAAUAUUCUAAAGAGGAAGAGGCUGAAAUGUAUGAUUCUACUUUUUUCUAUGACAAAGGCAAAAUUCCUAAAGUUCAAAUGGACAAAGAUUUGCAGUUUGACAUUAUUAAAAAAGCCAUAGCCAAAGAGUGUGGAAAUUAUUGCCCAGGAACUUAUUCAUCUCAGCCUAUGGAAGUUCCACAAAACCACAAGCGUUACGUCUGUGAUCUGACCCAAGCUGACCGCCUUGCAAUUUAUGAUUACGUCCUUGCAGAGACAAAGAACCAGAGGUCAAGAUCUCAACCAACAGAAAAUGACAAUGAUCUGUUUGUAGAUUUGGCAGCAAAAGUCAACCAAGAUGAUGGCCAGAAAGGUCCAAAAUCUCAUCUUGAAAUUCUUGCAGAGAUGCGGGAUUAUAAAAGACGGCGGCAAUCGUACAGAGCUAAGAAUGUUCAUAUAACAAAGAAAUCCUACACAGAGGUAAUCAGAGAUGUGAUUGGUGUGCACAUGGAAGAACUGACCACUCAUUGGCAGGAGGAGAACAGAAAUAUUGGGGUUCACGAAGAUGAAAAAUCCUCUUUUUCAGCAAAGUCUUCAGGAAGUAAGGAAGAGCGAAGAUCUGCAUCAGCUGAUUCAAGACAGUCUUGCGGAAGUUCAAAAGAUAUUGAUUAUUCUCGACAUAGGAGGAAUUCCAGCAGAAGUCCAGGCAGACGGAAAAGAAGUCGAGAAAGAGAAAGAGACAGAGAUUCUCGAAGGAAAAGAGAUAGAGAUGAAGGAAAGCAUCAUAAAAGAAGAAAAUAAUACUUGCAUUUCUAUUACAAGAGAUGUGGAGCCAAACCAAGUUGUAUCUGUUUAAUUCCAGUAACAUAUCUCACUGACAACUAAGAUAUUAGCUAUUUUCAUUUUUUUUUAAUUUUUAUUUUUUAAAAUUUACAUUUAUAUCCCGCCCUUCUCCGAAGACUCAGGGCGGCUUACAGUGUAUAAGGCAAUAGUCUCAUUCUAUUUGUAUAUUUACAAAGUCAACUUAUUGCCCCCCACAACAGUCUGGGUCCUCAUUUUACCUACCUUAUAAAGGAUGGAAGGCUGAGUCAACCUUGGGCCUGAUGGGAUUCGAGCCUGCAGUAAUUGCAGGCUGCUGUGUUUUAAUAACAGGCUAUCUUACAGCCUGAGCCACCACGGCCCAAUAAUAAUAAAUAUCAUUUGAAAUCUCUAUCACACCCGUAAACUGCAUAUAUGCAACCCAGAGUCACUUUGGAUAGUGAAAUGGAUGGCAUAAAAAUUUAAUAAAUAAAAUAAAUACAUUGUUUAAUUAUCCACAUAGACAAUUACCACCCUUUAAAUAAAUUGUUGUUGGUUCUAAUAUUAAACUAUUCUUAAAAAACAUUCAUUUUUAGUAACAUUCAUCAAAGUAUUCUGCCUUUAUUUUAACAAUAAAUAUAUUUUAUUGUAAAAAAAUAUUAUUUAUAGUACAAAUAAGUUUUUACUAUAAAUAUCUAGGUGGCGAACAUAUUCAAUACCUCCUCCUAUUUUCACCACAACAUCCCUGUGAGAUGGGUUGGACUGAGAGAGAGUGGCCCAAAGUUACCCAGCUGACUUUCAUGGCUAAAGUGGGAUUUGAACUCCCACUUUCUAGCCUGAUGCCUUAACCACUAGACCAAACUGAAUUAUUUUGACACUGCCAAUAAAUAUAUUAUGUUCAGUGUUAUCACGAUUUUGCAGAUAGUGAAUUGAUCCCAUAUGUAUAUCCAGACAUUAGGAAAUAAAAAUAAUUGACAGCUAUA